AUGGGAUCAAGGACCUCCGUUGUCCGAAAUCCAAGAUUGACUGAGAAAUGGAAGACUUGGGAUUGGCGAAGUGUAGAAAACUCAUUUAACAAGUAUCCGCAAUUUACAACCAAAGUCGACGUAGAAGGUUUCGGAGAACUGAACAUACAUUUCCUCUAUCAGGAAAGUCCUGUCAAAAAUGCCAUUCCAUUGUUAUUUGUUCACGGGUGGCCGGGUUCCUUUCUCGAGGUCCUCAAGAUUCUUCCCCACUUGCAAAACCCCGCCUCCACAACUUCCCCACACCCCAGUUUCCACAUCGUAGCCCCAUCUCUCCCAAAUUUCGGAUUUAGCUCCGGUGUUAAAAGGAGAGGAUUCGCAAUGGCUCAGUAUGCGGAAACUCUCAAUAACCUUAUGAUAAAACUUGGGUACGAUGAAUAUGUCACCCAGGCGGGAGACUGGGGUUUUUGGAUUACGAGAUCGAUAGGAAAAUUGUGUCCGAAACACUGCAAAGCGAGUCAUCUCAAUAUGGUAUAUGCGCAACCUCCCACGCUAUUUAGUAAUCCAAUUGAGAAGAUUGGAGAUAUGUUUAUGCCCUACAGCGAGCUGGAAAAGAGGACUGUUGAUAGGCGAAAAUGGUUUCAGGCUGAGAGUAGAGGCUACAAUGUACUCCAAUCCACCAAGCCCCAGACCCUAGCAUAUGGACUAGCCGAUUCACCAAUCGCGCUUCUAGGCUGGAUACACGAGAAACUACACGAUUGGUCUGAUGAGUAUCCAUGGACAGAUGACGAGAUUCUGACCUGGGUGAGUAUAUACUACUUUAGCACCGCAGGACCAGGAGCUCCGCAAAGAAUCUACUACGAAACUAUGCAUACUUCAGAAGAUAAAGAAUGCACGGUUGAGAAGCUACAGCAAUGGACCGCAGAUGUGAAGUUGGGUUUGGCAUACAAUCCAAAGGAUUUGGAAAAUGUUCCAAAGCGUUGGGGAAGGACGCUUGGAAAUGUGGUGUUUGAAGUUGAGAAUGAUAGUGGAGGACAUUUCUAUUCUCAUGAGAAACCGGAUCUGUUGGUGCGAGAUUUGAGAGCUAUUUUUGAAAAAGGAGGAGAAGCGUUCAGUACAGUGAAGGGAAGGAACGGAUAUGAUUAG